CCAUUUCCCUCAAUUCCAGAACUACACACUCACUUGAUCAUCACUCGACCUAGGAACUGUGGAAUUUUAAUCAAGAAACAUCAAGCCAUGUCAUCAAUUCUCAUUGUAGGAGCUACCCGGGGCCUGGGAGCCAGUCUUGUCAAGCAAUACGCCAAAGCCGGCAACACGGUCCAUGGCACUACGAGAUCGUCAGAAGGCCCCCAAGGGUUUCCUGAGCAGGUCAAAUGGAUCACCGACAUUGAUCUCACACUCCCCAACGUGGGUGACAACCUCGCCAACCUCCUAGACGCUUCUCAACCCCUGGAUUCAGUGAUCAUCACGGCUGGGCACUUCUCGACCGAGGACUUCAGCACGGACAAGGGACCCAACUGGGAAGAAGAGCAACUCAUGUACACGACCAGCUCCGUCGCGCCCGUGUUUGUCGUGCACCGGCUCGUGCACAAGGGCUUGCUCGGCCGGGGCUCCAAGGUGGUGCUCGUGUCGUCCGAGGCCGGGAGCAUCGCUUUGCGGCACCCGAGCGAGGGCGGCGGCAACUACGCGCACCAUGCCAGCAAGGCCGCCCUCAACAUGGUGGGUAAGCUGUUGAGCCUGGAUCUGCGGGAGCAGGGUGUCAUUGUGAGCAUCGUCCAUCCGGGCUUUAUGCGGACCGACAUGACCAAGGGUGUCGGGUACGACAAGUACUGGGAGGAUGGCGGAGCCGUGACACCAGAUGAAGCCGCGGCAAGUCUCAUCGAGUGGACGGACAAGCUGGACAUUAGCAAGACGGGAGAGUAUUGGGCUCCGCGAGGAUCGAGAGACAUUGGGACUGCCGAGGCGGUCCUGGGGAAGGACUUGGCUACACCACUCAAGCUGCCCUGGUGAUCGGACAUGUCGUCAUUUUAGGAUAGAUGCCAAUAAAGAAGGAAGCUGCGUGUGGGGAAAAGAGUCUGGAAAUUAGUAGUAAUUUCUGGUAGCGACUCGCCCAGAUGAAGCUAUCGUAUCCUUAUCCUUUGUUGUUGUUGGGGGGCGAGAGACGGCACUCAAAGAGUGUGGGGUUGUGAGAUCCAGGGUCCUUCUGUGCAUGACUAGACUAGUUAAAAGUAGGAAGCAAGCAGAGCACGCCACGAUGCUGCAUUCAAAAGG